AGACUCAGAUGAGUGCUAGCUUAUCGUAGCCACUUUGAGCCGACUAAGCGGAAUUUGAUUUAUUUCAUUGCUCAAAUGAAUUAAAUUAGGUCCACAACUUACUAGAAAUUAUAUUUAACGUGUAUUAUGAAUCAUGGAAUGUUCACAUUUGUUUGAUAACGUCAAAGCGGAUAACAAUUCCAUCGCAGAGGACAUCGUGAUCACAAAGAACUUCAGUUGUUCAGAAUGUGGUGUCAAAGACCAAAAUUGGCUAUGCCUACAAUGUGGAGUAGUGAAUUGUGGCCGCUAUUUGAAUGGACAUGCAAAACUACAUGCAGAGACAGAAGAUCAUCAUAUUUGUAUGAGUUGUGAUGUUUAUUCAGUUUACUGCUACAAAUGUGAUGAUUAUGUUUCAAAUGACACUGAAAAUGAAACCAUAAGCAAAGUAAGGCAAAGCAUUAUGCAAAGAGUAAAUAAUGGUGAUGAUGAAAAUGGUAACAGUGGAAUAGAGCAGAGUGAUGAGAACAGUAAAGAGGGUAGUGAUGCUAUUAACAUUUCUACAGCAAAAUGCUCUAAAAUGGAUGCAAAUGAAAAUAAGGUACCAAUGUCAUAUACAAUUCCAGCAGACAUAUCAACUGCAGACAUCGCUUCCGAGAGCAAUUAUGGCAAUGCAUCUAAUGUAAAUUUGACUCAAGAGUAUAGUGAAAGCAAGCCUGUAAAAAUUAUAAAGAAUUUGGAAGAACCCAUUAGAAGUUUAAGACCUCGUUCACGUAAGAGGUCUCACUCGGAAGACAGUGGUUUAGCUGAAAACAAUACAACUUCAUCUAGGAAUAAGAAAAUGUCACCAUGCAAUGGAAAGAGUCAAAGAGAAAAGAAAAUUCUAGGAUUAAAAAAUUUAGGAAAUACAUGUUUCAUGAAUGCUGUCUUGCAAAGUUUGAACAAUAUACAAGAGUUUAGUUGUUACUUUAGUCAGCUGCCAUCGUUAGAGACGAAGACUGAUGGCCGGAAAGUUUACCAUUCAAGAAGUUAUACUAGACAAGAAAUGCAAGAUGUAGUUAUGGCUGAGGAACUAAGAAAGGUGCUAAUCAACUUAAACAAUGGGGGCUGUGGGUCGAAAGGCGCCAUCUCGCCAGAGUGCCUUUUUCUCGUUAUUUGGAAGGUGGUGCCGAGAUUUCGUGGUUACCAACAACAAGACGCACAUGAAUUCUUACGCUACAUGCUCGACAGACUACAUACAGAACUACAACAGUUAUUACCACCAGAUCGCGCUGAAGUGGGCUUUGUUUCUCGUACACCCUCAGCCUCCAUUGUCACAGCGGUAUUCGGUGGAACUUUACAAAGUGAGGUGCGAUGUCUGGCGUGUGGCACUGAAAGCAAAAAAUUUGAUCCUUUUCUGGAUCUUUCAUUAGAGUUACCCGAAACUGGCCGCCAUGACGACCCAGUUUCACUCACAGACUGUUUAUCAAGUUUUGUCCAGGUAGAAGAAUUGGCCGAUACAGAACGCUACUUCUGCAGCAGCUGUAAGUGUAAGCAGAAGUCAACGAAACAGUUCUGGAUACGCAGACUACCUAAUGUGUUAUGCCUACAUUUAAAAAGAUUUCGGUGGCGCAAUUAUUUUAGAACUAAGGUGGACACGAGUAUAACGUUCCCGCUGCGCGCUUUGGACAUGUCGCGGUUCGUGCUGGCCAACGUGCCGGACACGCGCCGCUCGGGGCUCGGCACGCAGCUGUACGACCUCGCCGCCGUCAUAGUGCACCACGGCUCGGGGGCGGCGUCCGGUCAUUACACAGCGUUCGCGAUCAACGAGGACCAAUGGUUCCAUUUCAACGAUCAAACUGUUCGCGCCACUGACUCGUCGACCGUCGCCUCGUGUAAGCCAUACAUACUGUUCUACAUCAGACGCGAACUCACCUUACCCGCCGCCUCGUAACCGAUGCUUUAUGCACAUGUAAGUGCACAUUGUCUGCUUCGACAUUACCGAUCGUAACACACACGAAUUAGACGAUCACAGCUCUUUGAAAAUUAGUCUUUUGCGUGUUUCGAAUCACGUUUUAUAGGAAGGUGCUCUCGCCUCUUAUGAGAGUGUGACAGAAUACUGUUCGGAUAAUACGGCGCAGUAUUAAGAUUUUGUAGAAUAAAAGGCGACAGCUCACUUAAAAUGGUCAGAAUUGUGUUCCAUUGUUGUAUGGUCUAUGGCAUGUCUGUAGUUCUGUACACGGCUCCGGGUACUUUUACAGCGGCAAUUUUUGGUCAGUCUACCUAAUAAUAUAGUAAAGAAGGCGUUGUCAAAGAAGUAUUUGAACUCUAAAUUGCGAAAACUUAUUAUCAUGUGCAACCUAGAGGCUUGAUUUUUAACGAGUACAUAAAACGCACCUGUAAUGUAACUGAAAUAUUAUUUGUUUUUUUUUUAUCUUUUAUGAGUUCUUUUUUUUGACUCUAUGAAAGUGGAAACACUUUUUUUUGUUUAUAUUUCACAUCCGAUAUGACAAAAACCACUAACCUUAGUUUUUCUCCGGUGGUUCGCCGUAUUAUGUAUAAUGCCAUUCAAUGUGAAUUUAUUUGUCUACUUUUCUGUCUUUUUCAUUUCCCCACGACGUUAAUCUCAGUUUUUAAUGUCAGUUUUAGGCGACAAAAUAGGACACUUAUUUUCCCUAUUUAUCUAAUUUGAACACAGUGGUUCGAAACAACGUGAAUGGGUAUGUUGAUUGUGUUGCAGGAGUACGUAUUAUAAUUAGUAGAAAUCUAUCGUUAAGACGGUUUAUGAAGCCAGUAUAGGUAAUAUUUGUACACAUUUUGCCGCGGCCCGUUGAUAUCAUAAUGUUUUGAAUAUCUAGUAGUCGGUUGACGACUGGUGUAUAUCUGAUGGAAAUAUCGGACCGUAUCAUGGAAGUAUGCGUUAGUGAGCUCAACACUCGGACAGGCAUUUCGCACAUUUCUGCCAAUGUAAAAUGAAAAUGAAAUGAAUGGAGAAAAAAUAUAUAUUCGUAGAGUGUGCAACUUCGAAUGUCAUAUUAUUCCGCGAUGGACGAUACGCGACGUAAUCUUCCGUCAGACGUGCAUCGACCGACAUUUUGUAUUUACGAAACGUACUGUACCAGUAAUGUAAUCGAUAAUUGCAUAAUGCAGGAUCGAAAGACUCAUCAUAGUGAUAAAAGCUGUUCGUUUUAUUCAUGAUAAAGAAUUAUAUUUGGUGUAACAAAUGUAUGAGGCUGAUGAAUUUUUAUUGUGUAUUCCAGAGUAAGCAAUAGCCGUUCGAUGAUAUAAUAGAUACCUGUUUAAAAUAAAUAUAUAUAUCAUGUAAAUUAUAUUGAUACCGCAGAGAUACCUACCUCCUUGUAAUCACAAGCUAAUGAUGUUUCAUUAUUUCCAUUCUUUCUUUUAGAAAUAAAUAUAAGCAUUCAAUGAAGCAUACAAAUUAUGAUAUAAAUAAGGUUUUUUACAAACAUUAUUAUUUAUAAACGAAAAAGCGAUGUCAUUAUUGGCUGCUUCAUAAUUAUGGUUUUGCUUUGCGAUUUUAAAUUUUAUGAAGUGAUGUUAUAACUACUAAGAUCCAUUGAUAGGUUUUAGUGUACUUGUCACACAAUCAUAUUGCUUUAAAAAGGACAACAGACAUAAAAAGGACAUGGAAUUUUUUAAAGACUUAAUUCUCUCAUCCCGGCAACUAUGGAUUAAAAUGAACUUCAAACAUUCUAUAAUGAUUUUUUUCAAUGGAUCUUACUGGAUAUUGGGAUGAGAUUUCAGUUUUUAACAUUGGCUUGACCAUUAUGUAACAUGAAAUAUGUGCUUGAACAAAACACUUUCGUUUUGGAGUCUUAUUGAUAGUUAUUAUAAGUAUUUGUUUACCGUAGCUAAGGUAAAAACGUAUGCUUAGAUUAAUAAACACAGUACCUUAUUGCAACAGUAAAAUGCCUUAUGCCAUCGACUGACAGAUAUGUUGAUAAGUAAGUAACAAAAAGUAAUAAAAUACUCAAUAAUGAUUAGAGUAUUCCAUUCUGUUAAAUUGUUCUGCAAGAUUAUGUGAUGAUAUUUUUCUGGACAUAUAGUACAACUCUUAGAUAAAAAGCUCAUGUCUAAAAAAAUGCCUUCUGAUCUAAAAAAUGAAUAAAUAAAUUGAUAGAACAGAUAAUAAAAAAACGGAAUACUCCAAACAAUUAAGCAGUUGUUGAUCUUGUAUUGAAUUCAAUUUUCAAUCCACUUCACUUAGUUAUUGUUUUGUCUGUAAGCUUAUAAUAUUGCAGAAAACGUUAAAUUCUAUACCUUACCCGCGAUGCAUUUCGUUAACCUAAGUUUGUGUACGUUACCAGUGAUUUGCUUUAUAUGAAAUUUUAGCGUACAUUUAUACGACGAAAAAUAUUCGAAUAGCCUCUCGCGUAGAAAUGUGAAUUAUAUUUCCUACAGAACAAUGUUCAAAUUCAUCGGACUUAUGUGUUCACGUGAUUUAAGAGAACUUAACCUUUAUUACUGAGGAUAGAGACAUCAUAUUGCUAUAUUAACAUACACGAGAGCAUGUAAAUCGCGUUGAGUUUGUCUGUAAAACUACGUGACGAUGUCGUAUAAAUGUGCCCUUAAGAUGUACGCAUACAGAUCAUUAUUGCAUGAUAACAUUCCUGUGACUAAUUAUGGGUUUAAGAUAUUUUCAUAUUUUUACCGCAGUAGGCAGUGAUGUUGCGACCGUUUUGUGAGUAAAUAUGAUGUGAUACAAAUGUCUUGUACAUAAUUUUUAUUGUCCGAUCAACAUUAAUUCGCAAGUACCUAAUUUGAAUAGCAGUUUUAUUUGUAUAAGUACUUCGAAUACUGGAAGUCGAUAGUGAUUGAAUUUAAUAAAUUCGCUAAAAUAAAUAGUGUGUUUUUAUUUACAUAAGUCAAUAAUCCUAUUUGCAGCAUCUAAAACAGUCAGAGAGACGACAGAGCCACGUGUGUUUAUU